UGGGAGAGGAACGACCGACAGGCUGGAGAGCAAGGAAGAGUGGGCAGCGGGGGAGAGGCGGCCAGAGAACCAAGAAGCCAACUGGAAUUCCAGACAGGAGGAAAAGAGGAAGGAGUCUUGGCGUCUGUCUUCUGCUGAGCCAAGAUGGGUGACUGGAGCUUCCUGGGAGAGUUCCUGGAGGAAGCACACAAGCAUUCCACGGUGAUCGGUAAGGUCUGGCUCACCGUCCUCUUCAUAUUCCGCAUGCUGGUGCUGGGCACGGCUGCCGAAUCCUCCUGGGGGGACGAACAGGCUGAUUUCCAGUGCGAUACGAUUCAGCCCGGUUGCGAGAACGUCUGCUACGACCAAGCCUUCCCUAUCUCCCACAUUCGCUAUUGGGUGCUGCAGAUCAUCUUCGUCUCCACACCGUCUCUAGUGUACUUGGGCCACGCCGUGCACACGGUGCGCAUGCAGGAGAAGCGGAAGCUACGGGAGGGCGAGAGGGCCAAAGAGGUUCGGGGCGCUGCCUCUUACGAGUACCCAGUGGCCGAGAAGACGGAGCUGUCCUGCUGGGAAGAAGUGAACGGAAGGAUUCCCCUCCGCGGCAGUCUGCUCAACACUUACGUCUGCAGCAUCCUGAUCCGCACCACCAUGGAGGUGGCCUUCAUUGUGGGCCAGUACCUCCUCUAUGGCAUCUUCCUGGACACCCUGCAUGUCUGCCGCAGGAGUCCCUGUCCCCAUCCUGUCAACUGUUAUGUGUCCCGGCCCACGGAGAAGAAUGUCUUCAUUGUCUUUAUGCUGGCUGUGGCCGGACUGUCCCUUUUCCUCAGCCUUGUUGAACUCUACCACCUGGGCUGGAAAAAGAUCAGACAGCGAUUUGUCAAGUCACAGCAGGGCAUGGCUGAGUGCCAGCUUCCUGGUCCCUCUGCCCGCAUAGUCCAGAGCUGCACACCACCCCCUGACUUCAAUCAGUGCCUGGAGAAUGGCCCUGGGGGGAAAUUCUUCAAUCCAUUCAGUAACAAGAUGGCCUCUCAGCAGAACACAGAUAACCUGGCCACUGAGCAAGUGCGAGGCCAGGAGCAGAUUCCUGGAGAGGGUUUCAUUCAUAUCCGUUAUGCCCAGAAGCCUGAGGUACCCAAUGAAGGCUCCCCAGGUCACCGCCUCCCCCAUGGCUACCAAAGUGACAAGCGCCGUCUCAGCAAGGCCAGCAGCAAGGCCAGGUCAGAUGACCUAUCAGUGUGACCCACCAGUGUGGCGGAACCAGGACCAGGUGGGAACAAAGGAGGCUCAGAGAGGGAAGGUGUGUCCCUUCUGACCCCAUCUCUCUCGUUCUCAUCACUGCUCUACUCAGUUUGGGCCCUGGAUCUCAAUGGCAUUGCUCAUUUUUUCCAGAAGCUAUGACCAGGUCUUUGUGGGUGCAGUAAGAGACAUGGCUACCUACCCAGGCUCCGCCACCCUCCACUCAGAAUCCUCAGUGAAGCCUUUCAUAUUAUUCAGUGAAUGGGAUAGAGGAAGGGACGGGGACCAUGGCAAAUCUGACCUGGGAGGGACAGCCAGAGGGAUAGGAUGACUCUCUACGUACCAGCCACAUACCAGAUGGAUUCUCUAAGCCCCUCUGGUGUCCUUGACCCGAUCACCCUUCCUCCUGCAAGGAAGAGCCCAAAGUUCCCGGCCAGCAACAAGCAUGAAUCAAGGAACUUGCAUUAGAUGUGCUCUUGAAUCUGUUGUCUCCUUGGACUGUACCUUGGGGUGGUGGUCAGGUCACCAUGGGAUGCCCUUGGCUGCCCCUCCCUCUACCCAGUCUUACUUAAAAAGAGGUCCUUAGAACUCGACCAGCAGCCUCAACUUUACAAGUGCCUUGGUAUGCUCCUCUGGCAAAUGUCUCACCUUGGUGAUGUUGCAGCCUUUCCUUCUGCCAGGGUGUACAACCAGCCCGGGGAGGGGGGUGAAAAGCUCUCCUAGGGAGUCACUGUGCACACUGACUCCACUGGCUUUCCUGCCACCACAUAUCAACCUGCAGCCCUUUUACAGUUCAACCUGAUGGUAGAAACCAUCCCUUCCAGUCCUCCCUUGGCGGUCCAUCCAGUGCUCCCCUAAAAACCUUAUUGACCAGAAUGCCCAAGAAGCCAUCGUCCUCUCUCACAUUCUGACCAGAUCACCAGCCAUGGAGGCCAGUGGAAUUUCCCCAGGUCUUAUUAAAACAAAGAGGGCAUUGUGCUUCUCAGAUUCCCCUUGGGAAAAAAAAAAUAAUUCUGCUGUGAAGAUAAAAAUGAAAAAGGAGAGAAAAUACUGGAAAACUAUUUUCCCCUCCUGUUUGCUUCCCUUGUUGACUGCCAACUUAGAGUGCCAAGAGGAGGUGUGAUGACAACUAUGGAGGGCCCCAUAUCUCUCUUUCCCUGGAGGAUUUAGCAGGGGCAUGAAAGCAGAAAGGGAAUCUCCAGCUCUCUUGGCAGGGCCCUUGUUUAAGAGCACAGAGAUGCCUGUGUCUCCCCAGUGCUCCUAAGAGACUGCCAAAAAAGCAGUGGGGACUACAGAAAAGCCCUGCCUUCCCAGGGACUGGCCAGGUUUCUCUCUUCAGUCCAUCUGUAAUAGGUGGUUGCCAUUUUGGAUGAAGGUAAAGGAUGCUCAAAAGUGGAUGCUGAAACUUAUAGGGAGACAGUUACUUUUUAAGAUGCAUAUGUGUGUUUGUGUGUGUAUGUAUAUGCUGAUAAGGUGGGUGAAGGGGAGGGGAGUCCUGAAGUAAGGAAAGCAUGCCUUAGAGACACUUGUGUCUUCCUGCCCUUUCCUCCAGAUGCCUGGCAGAGGGGCUGAGCCUCACUGUUUUCAGUGUCAUUAACCUAAAUAGAUAGGCAUGAGAGGUUGGGACAGAGGAGGCUGAAGGCUCAGAAGGAGGCUCAGCCUCUGCCCCACCUGCCCAUCUCUGGGCCCCUCUGCUGAUACUUGGUUGUUAUUGGUGGGUGGAGAGAAGGAUGAGGGUAGAGGGGUGGAGGAAACUGACUGGGAUGCCAUUUAGGGAAGAAUGACUGGUCAUCCCAGAUCCCUGGAGGGGACACCUUUUAAUCUGUUCUCUGGCACUGGCAUUAAGACUCUCUCUCCAAAACAAAGCAAAAAAGACUCUCUUUCCUUCCAUCUCUGAAGUGUGUUUGUUUUGUGAAAUGAGUGUUCCUGGAUUAGAAAUUCUGUGAGAUCAGUCCUGAUGAUGGGGCUUUCAGGAAGGAAAAAGGAAAUAAUAUGUGUAGUUUGUCCUAAUAAAGUCUGGCCCUACAUUU